CGAAUUACUCCUUAAAAAUGGGAUGUACAGAAAAAGACAGGAGAGAAGAUCUCACUUUUUCCCCAAACGUCACUACGCCUUGAAUCCAAAAAAUAAUAUGCAAUGGAUGCCACUCCCAAUUACUACAGCAGCAGCAGCAGUGGCAAAUCUUUGAGCUCACCACCGUCUCCUCCUACUACUCAUUCCACUUCUCGCCGGCGAGGUCGCUCUUACAACUCUCGUCGACGGCGUCCACAUCUUUUAAACGGAAAAUUUUUCCGGCGACGAAUCUUUGGCUACUUGCUUCUACUCCCGUUAUUGUUCUUAUCGGCUGUGAUCACGUUCGUCGGCCCCUUGUCGGCAAUGCUAUUCCCCAAUCCUUUGCCUGGCUCCAUUUAUCGUAGUCAUGAGAUCUUCCAGAAUCUCCUGACUGACAUUCAAUCUGACACUUCUUCUGGAAUCCAGUUGUCAGAUGUAUGGAGACAAAAAAUGAAGUUGACAGAGCAGAAACCUUGCCCUACAACAUCUCAUCAAUAUCUUGAAACUGGCAUACCUGAUCAAUACUUGGUUGUGGAGGCAAAUGGUGGUCUAAAUCAACAGCGUUCAUCUAUAUGUAAUGCAGUGGCAGUUGCAGGUCUUUUGAAUGCUACACUCCUCAUUCCUCUUUUUAAUUUUCAUAAUGUUUGGAGGGAUAGCAGUGAGUUUGCAGACAUAUAUGAUGAAGACCAUUUCAUAGCCACCCUUAAAGAAUAUGUUAAUGUAGUUCGUGAGCUCCCAAAUGAAUUAAUGGAAAAUUACAAUUUUAGUAUAAGCAAUAUACCAAACUUUCGGGUCCCAGCUUGGGCAUCUGCCAAUUACUACUUAAAACAAGUUUAUCCUGUCCUCAAAGAACAGAGGAUUGUUCGAAUAGCUCCUUUUGCAAAUAGAUUGUCUCCAAAUCUCCCUCCUCAUAUUCAAUAUCUUAGAUGUGUUGCUAAUUAUGAAGCAUUGAGAUUCUCUAACUCCAUCAUCACAGUUGCCAAGAUGCUAGUCAACAGAAUGACUGUUGAUAGUUCAAAUUCAGGUGGAAAUUACGUUUCUAUCCACCUUCGGUUUGAAGAGGACAUGGUUGCCUUUUCAUGUUGUGUAUAUGAUGGAGGGAAAUCUGAACAACUUGAAAUGGAUAAAAUACGCCAAAAAGAUUGGGGGGAUAAAUUUAAACGUAAAGAUUAUAUUAUAGAUCCUGUUCGUAAUCGAAUCAAUGGAAGGUGUCCAAUGACACCUUUAGAGGUAGGGAUGAUGCUAAGGGGUAUGGGAUUUGCAAACACAACUCCAAUUUAUUUGGCAUCAGGAAAAAUAUAUGAAGCUGAUAAAAAUGUAGCUCCUUUGAGGAAAAUGUUUCCCCUCUUACACACAAAGGAGUUACUUAGUACCCCAGAAGAGCUUGCUUCAUUUAAGAAUUAUUCUUCAAGGAUGGCUGCUUUGGACUACAUUGUGUGCUUUUUUAGUGAAGUUUUUGUAACAACACAAGGUGGAAAUUUCCCACAUUUUUUGAUGGGUCAUAGGAAAUUUCAUUAUGGGCAUGCAAAAACCAUCAUGCCAGAUAAGCGCAAGCUUGUUGUUUUGCUCCACAAUACAACCAUAAGUUGGGAUGAGUUCAAGAAGGAGAUGCAAGUAAUGCUAGCCGAAAGUGACCACAAGGGUGUUGCGAUACCCAAUAUCAAGAAAAUCACAAGAAAAAACUCGUUAUAUUUAAACCCCUUCCCAGAGUGUCAAUGUCUUAAAAAACCAAAAUUAUUUGAAGAAGAAUAUUGAUGCAUUAAUGAUUGAUGUAAGAAUGUGAAAAAUCCAUAAAUGAGGUCUAAGGUUGACAUAUGCAUGCAUGCAUGCUCAUACUCA